UAGCCCAGAUGCUGGACGAUAUCGCUCAACUUCGGAGACAGUCAUCCGAUGCUCAGAGUUGUGCGUAUCAUUACAGUGCCCCAUCUACGACCCUAAUUACUGAACACCCCAAGUCCUCAAACCUUUUUUCGACCUCGAUGGAAACUACAACUUCAAAUUGCGUGACGUUCAACUCUUGAAAGAAGCGCAGGAUGAGAUUGAAGUCCUGAGCCGAGAUAAUAACAACAGUACGUCAAAACUAAAAUGUUACGCAUUAAUUAACUGCAUUGAUAACUUCCUCGAAGAAACUGAGGUGUUGGAGAUGGUUAGAGAUAGGUUAAAAACUGCAACUGGAGAGCUCGUGGAGCAGAAGGAACGCACCAAUCAGCUCGAGACUCUGAAUGCACGCCACGCUGAGCAACUUCAAGCUCUGUCGGAGAACUUUGCGCAGGCUGGCGCUGACUUUUCCCUGGCCAAAUCAGCCAAUGAUGACCUAGUAGCAUUGCGGGCGCAGGUUACUACUCUGGAGCACCAAUUGAACGAUACUGAGGGCAUGGCAAACGACUUAAGGAUUAGGCUCAGAAAUCAAGAGAAAUCGAGCAAAGAAGAAUUGGAUAAGGCGCUCGCUCGGGCGUCAGAACUCCAACAGCAUUUGACUGCAACGAAGACUCAACUUCAAAGCCGCUCACAAUCAUAUGAUGAAGUCAGCGUCCAACUCGAUGCCUUGCGCGAAUCCGAGUCUAGUCUGAAGCACAGGAUUCAGUUGUUGACUGAAUAUGAGGCCGAGGUCAUGCAGCUUCGAAUCACCAAGGCUGAAAAUGCUUGCAUUCCUUCUCUUCGAGCUCGAAUCGAAGAGCUCCUUGGUUCCAAGACAUCAUUAGAGACUGAAGUGGAAGCGCUUAAAGCUAUUUACACAGAUCUUGGUCGUCUUCGCGGAGUUGAACUGCAAUUUGCCUUAGCAAAUGGACAGAUAGCCAACCUUGAGGACCAGGUGAAGACGCUCCAGACUAAUUUAUCAUUGGAACAGGAGAAGGCCAUACAAUGCACUACGUUGAAGGAAAGUGCGGUAUCCGAAGCCGAAAAGUUAGUGGCUCGCAUUGAGAGCGCCACCAUUGCAAAUCAGGAGAGUAUGACAAGAAUUAAGUUAUUGGAACAAGAGGUCCAGCAGCAAGCGGCUGAACUGGCACGCAAAGAAAAAGAGUAUAUUAACACCAUCUCGCAGUCGAAGACGGAAGUCGAUCGCAAAGAAGAGAUCAUCGCAAGUUUCAGUCAUGAGAUUGACAAAGCGGCCAAGGCAACAUCAAAGGUCCAGAGUGAACUGGCCUCUGUUCAAUCCAAACUAGCCGAUGCUGAGAAGUUGUCGGCUGUCACUGCUGCAAAGUUGGAUUCCGCCGAUUCGACAAUCAGCGAUCUACGAGAGCAACAUACUGGCCUCAUGACUCAGAAUACUUCUCUGGCAUCAGAAUUGGCGUCUCUUAAAGCAAGGGAGUCCGAAACAAACUUGACUCUUCGCUCAGUAGUCGUUGAAAAAGAUGAGAUUCGAGAGAAGCUGGCGGAACGCAACUCAGCCAUCAGCCAAUGCCGCACCGACAUCGCUCGAUUGACAAGUCAGCUAGAAGAAUCACAGAGUAAGAUGGAAGAAUACCGGGAGACGGCGCGUUUGGUUCCAGAACUUCAGAGACACAUAUCAGAUUCUCAGCACCAACUCGACACAUUUGCGUCCCGUUAUCGGGCUGGAAGGGAAUUGGUUGGUGUUUCGUUGACACUUUGAUUCCGAUGGCUAAUGUCUAUUACUAAGAGCGAAGCAGAGUGUGCUGUUGUGAAGGACGUGAUGGAGACCUGUCAGCGUUCCCU